UCUCUCUCUGCCUUUUGGGAUGACUUUCCCCUUUGCAGGCCCCGACAAUGGCAUUGUGAUCGGUCAUAAAAGGACGCCUGGAAAGGUUUCCAAGACUCGGUUGGAACUCAAGUUCUGACGAAGUAAUAAAUAUCCCAUCUUUCCUCCUGUUUUUUAAUUUUCUUUUUUUAUCGGUCUAAAAAAGCCGUCUAGAGAGUAAAGAUCACGAUGUCAUAUGUGCCCAAACAAGCUCUCCAUUUAAACCUCUCCUUGACUCCCCUCUCUCAAAUCCCCCAAAACCCCAAAUCACCUCUCCCCCUCUCUCUCUCGAUUAAGUCCACAAGAUGUGCCAGUUAUCUUCACCUUCUCAUUCUUGCAAAUGCAAAAUAGACCCAUCAUCCAAAGUACAGGAAUCUGACAGGCUAAUAACGGCUUUGAUCCCCAAGGACCCAACAUUUGAAAAUCAACAGAGGACUCACCUCGCUCUUGCAAUCAGAGAAGCAAGAUGCAUAGCCAACAUAGCACUUCCAAUGAUAUUAACUGGUCUUUUACUCUAUUCUCGCUCCAUGAUCUCCAUGCUCUUUCUCGGUCGCCAAGGAGAACUGGCUUUAGCAGGUGGCUCGCUGGCAAUUGGGUUUGCUAACAUCACCGGCUACUCUAUUCUCUCCGGUCUUUCCAUGGGAAUGGAACCCAUUUGUGGACAGGCUUUUGGUGCCAAAAGAUACAAACUUCUUGGCCUCGCAUUGCAAAGAACAAUUCUUUUGCUUUUUUUAGUUUCCAUCCCUAUUGCUUUAUUGUGGUUCAACAUGAAAAAGAUCCUUCUCUUUUGUGGUCAAGAAGAUGAUAUUUCCACGGAAGCACAACUCUACAUUCUUUACUCCCUCCCUGACCUUGUUGCUCAAUCCAUUUUGCAUCCUUUGCGUAUAUAUCUCAGGAGUCAGUCAAUUACUCUGCCUCUAACAUUUUGUGCAACCCUUUCUAUUCUUCUUCACAUACCUGUUAACUACCUUCUUGUCUCCGUAUUCAAUCUUGGAAUCAAAGGCGUUGCGUUAGGCGCAGUUUGGACCAACUUCAGUCUUGUAGGAUCAUUGGUCAUUUACGUUAUGAUCUCUGGCGUGUCCAAGAAAACUUGGGGUGGGAUAUCAUUGGAAUGCUUAAAAGGGUGGAGAUCUUUAUUGAAUUUGGCAAUUCCAAGCUGCAUUUCGGUUUGCCUUGAAUGGUGGUGGUAUGAGAUCAUGAUUUUACUCUGUGGGCUAUUGUUAAAUCCAACAGCUACCGUUGCUUCAAUGGGAAUCUUAAUUCAAACCACAGCUUUUAUAUACAUUUUCCCAUCUUCUUUGAGCUUUGGUGUGUCAACAAGAGUUGGCAAUGAACUAGGUGCUAAUAAUCCUCAAAAGGCCAAGCUUGCUGCUACUGUUGGUCUCUCUUCAAGCUUUGUCUUGGGAUUUGCAGCAUUGUGUUUUGCUGUCAUGGUGAGGAAGAUUUGGGCUAGCAUGUUCACUCAAGAUGCAGAGAUUAUUGCAUUGACAUCAAUGGUUUUGCCUAUAAUUGGCCUUUGUGAGCUUGGAAAUUGCCCGCAAACAACAGGUUGUGGUGUUUUGAGAGGCACGGCAAGGCCUAAAAUAGGUGCAAAUAUCAAUUUGGGAUGCUUUUACCUUGUGGGCAUGCCUGUUGCUGUUUGGUUGAGUUUUUAUGCUGGCUUUGAUUUUAAAGGACUCUGGUUGGGUUUGUUAGCUGCCCAGGGCUCAUGUGUCGUGACCAUGUUGUUCGUUCUGGCUAGAACAGAUUGGGAAUGCCAAGCCCAGAGAGCCAAGGAACUAACUGGAAAUGUAUCUAACGAUGCUGACCACAACGAAGAGGAUGAGAAGUUGAAAGAUCCCAAGAAUUCAUCCAGCUCAUUAGAUGGUAAUGAUUCAUUGGUUUGAUUGGUAACCGAUGUGAUGAUGCCACAUAUUUUCUCACGAAUUUCAAUUGAUGUUCGUGCCAUCACAUUGUCUCCCGUAAACCCCUGCGAGGAUGAUGGGGUGAGUUUUCAUUCUUCGGCGAUCUUUCCUAGCAGCUAUCACUAAGAUUCCCUUUAUUCUUAAAUUUUUGCAGUACUUUGUAAAGAGAUCAUGAAACUAGUUGAAAUUUAGAGAUAGGGAAUAUAUUAGUUGCUUCAAAUACAAAGAAAGUAACAAUGGGAAUAUAUUUUUGCUGUUUGAUUUUCUUUU